AUGACACCCUCUCAAGCCACUACCGACCUUGUCUCGAAACUCACCGUCGAGGAGAAGGUCUCCCUGCUUGCAGCUGUUGACUGGUGGCGAACACCCACUAUCAAGAGAGAAAAUGUCUUUAUCCCUCACAUCAAAACAUCCGAUGGGCCUAACGGCGCUCGAGGAGAGAGCUACGUAAGCGGCAUCACCGCGGCAUGCUUCCCUUGCUCAACCGCCCUGGGAGCUUCAUUUGAUCAGGAGAAAGCGUACCGUAUGGGCGAGGAGAUUGCAAAAGAGACAAUCACAAAGUCGGCCAAUGUCUUACUGGCACCAACCAUGAAUAUAAUCCGAUCGCCCCUCGGUGGACGCAACUAUGAGACUUACUCGGAGGACCCAUACCUGAUCGGGACCCUGGCCUCUGCCUUUGUUCGUGGCUGUCAAAGUCAAGGGAUUGCAGCUACGCCCAAGCAUUUCGCCGCCAACGAUUCAGAAAAAUCCAGAACCAAGAUGACAUCAAACAUCGAUAUGCAGACACUGCGUGAGAUUUACUUGCUGCCUUUCCAACUUGUGCUACGUGAUUCGGACCCUUGGUGCUUCAUGACGUCCUAUAAUCGGCUCAACGAGGAGUAUUGUGCAGAUAGCCAUUGGCUUCUGGAAGAGAUCUUGCGCAAAGAAUGGGGGUUCCCGGGUUUGGUGAUAUCUGACUGGAUGGGAACCUACUCAACCGCCAAAUCACUCAACGCAGGCAUGGAUCUCGAGAUGCCCGGUCCAACAAGAUGGCGAGGGAAGAAGCUCAUCGCCGAGAUAGAAUCAGGGAAUGUGUCUAUGAAAGUUCUUGAUAAGAGUGUUGGUAGAGUCAUUGACCUUGCAAAGAAAACAGGGCGAUUCGAGGAUCCUGUUGAGAAACCUGAGCGUUCUGUCGAGGAUCCAGCUCGAAUCGAGUACAUCACAUCUGUCGCAGCCGAUGGAAUGGUUCUUCUUAAGAACGAUAACAAUGUCUUGCCAUUAUCAGCACAUGGUUCUGUUGCUGUCAUCGGCCAUUUCGCUUCGAAUCCAAGCAUCGGUGGUGGUGGUAGCGCAAAGGUUCUAGCACAGCAUAUCGUUUCGCCGCUCCAAGGACUCAAAUCCCGAGGGGUCACUCCCCGAUUUGCCCCAGGUGUUCCCGUCUUUGGAGCGUUACCCCAUGCCGUGCCAGACUCAAUUUCGGAAGUGCAACUAAGAUGGUUCAAUGGUUCGGUAGUCGGAGAGAAUCUGGCCCAUGAACAGACUGUCGCGCUUCCGGAGUACAUGAUCAAGGAGGCUUGGCCUGAUUAUCUCAGCAAGGAUUAUUGCAGCAGCAUGUCAUUCACUUUGAUACCCAAAACAAGUGGCGAUCAUAUCUUCUCUGUCAUCACUACCGGCAAGGCUGAUGUCAUCGUCAACGGCGAAAAUGUGUUCCACCGUCCACAAGAGUCAGUUCUGUUGCCAGAGUCCUUUUACUUCUACAAAGCCAAGAUCGAGCGUCGAUUUACCUUCAACAUGAUUGCAGGCCGGGAAUACAAAGUCGAGUUACGUUCGUGGGCCACAGACGAAGAUGUUCUUGCAAAGAUUGGUGGAACCAUGUUCCAAGGAGCCUCACUUCGCUUCAUGGAACACAUCGAUAUUCCUAGAGCUAUCAGUGAUGCAGCUGAUGCAGCAGGGUCUUCUGAUACUGCAGUUGUCUUUGUUGGUACAACCAACGAGAUGGAGUCGGAAGGUUACGAUCGCGACACGAUGGACCUUACCUCUGACCAGUAUGAUCUGAUUGCCGCUGUCGUGGCUCGCAACCCAAAGACAGUGGUUGUUAACCUCUCUGGGUCUCCUGUCACAGUAUCUCCUUUCAUCGACCGAGUUCCCACCUUUCUUCAAGCAUGGUUCGCUGGUCAAGAAUGUGGCCAUGCCAUAGCUCGUGUUCUUCUUGGGGAUGUCAACCCAUCAGGACGUCUGCCCAUGUCUUGGCCGCAAAGUAACGAAGAUAAUCCAGCUUAUCCCAACUUUCCCUGUAACGAUGAUCUUGUUUUGAACUACGAGGAACGUCUCAAGGUCGGCUACCGCUUUUACGAUGACAAGUCAGCACCAACGCCGCAAUUUCAUUUCGGACAAGGCCUAUCCUAUACGACCUUCGCCCUGAAGGGACAGCCUAGUUUCACGUCAUGCUUCAGUAGUGUAGAGGAAACCGCAGUAUCAGUAUCAACCCAAGUUGAGAAUACGGGCAACAGAGACGGCAAACAAGUGAUCCAAUUGUAUAUCACCCUCCCUUCUUGCAACGGAAAUCAUCGCCCCGUCAAGGAGCUCAAAGCAUACCACAAGGUGCUUGUGCCUGCUGGUCAGGCGAAGGGCGUCAUGUUCAAGCUUGAUAAGUACGCGUUCAGCUACUUCGAUGCAGAAGAAGGGAAAUGGAGAAUCCCAGAAGGCGAGUUCUUGGUACAUUUGGCCUUUAGCUCUGCUGAGGUGCUUCAGACCUUCUCGGUUACAAAUGCAACACCGCAUUUCUGGAUGGGAUUAUAG